AUGUCGGGAAAAAUUCAUUUUCUCCCUUGCUCUCGCUUAUGCUCCAUCCCAGGGUACUCGCCUGGACUACUCAUACUCCGCAAUUUCUUUCUUUCUUUUUUCUUUCUUUCUUUCUUUCAUUCUUUCUUUCCCUUUUUUAUUCUUUCGCACUUUCCGAAUUUUUUCUUUCUUUCUUUUUUCUCGUUUUUUGUUGUUUCGCAAAUUUUGUAUUCUUUCUUUCUUUCCUUUUUUAUUCUAUCGCAUUUUCUUUCUUUCUUUCUUUCUUUAUUUCUUUCUUUCUUUCUUUCAUCCUUUCUUUCUUUUUUCUUGUUAUUUGUUCGUUCGCCCGUUUUGAGUUCUUCCUUUCAUUCUUUCUUUCUAUUAUUCUUUUCCCUUUCCAGUCUUUCGCACGUUUUGAGAUCUUUCUUUCUUUCUUUCUUUCUCUUCAAGUUUUUUUCUUUCUUUCAUUCUUUCUUUCCCUUUUCAUUCUUUCGCACGCUUUUCAUAUCUUUCUUUCUUUCUUUCUUUUUUUAUACUUUCGCACGUUUUGAGUUCUUUCUUUCUUUCUUUCUUUCUUUCUUUCGUUUUUUUCCUUCUUUGUUUCUUUCUUUUGCCUCCCUCCUAACUGCUCGGCCUACCAAUGUUAUAGCAUCACUUCCUUGGGGCCCCACCCUUCGUUUCUAUGCAUAA